CGCCCCCGACGAUGAGAAAAGAUGCCGUGAAAGGAUGCGUUUUUGAAGUCGUCGCCGCAGAGCCCCUCCAUCGCGCACGUCGUCUUAAUACUAGUUGAUUUGGAUUGGAUCAUGAUGUCGCCGUCGGCGUUUACCUUCCACGGACCAGUGUGUGUCUGGCUGGCAACGUUUCUUCCAAGCGUCCGGAUGCGGCGGCGCAAAUUUCGCUCGUUCCGCCAACCUCUCCGCGAGCGCGUCGUCGAUCAACACGUCGUCGCCCGCGCGCGAGCUGUGAUCGAGCAUGUGCGGUUCUUUUAUGAUCAGCCUAUCGAAAUCGCCCAUGAGCGUCGUCGGUUCAUUGGCCCCGCAGUCCUCGUGUUCGCAUUGCGUGUACACGGGAACGUCGUUAUGUCGUGCACGUCUGCACCGACGCGUCUGAAGAGGUGCAAACUUUUCGGCACUCCUCGGGCCUUUUGUGUCCAUACGAAUUUUGACCGUUCCGCGACCACGAAGGGAAUAUCGGCGAGCAUUUUUGACGUUCGGACCCUG